CCUGGUUCUCAAGAUUACCACAUGUAGUACCUCUUCAAGGUGCUAGGAGUCACAACGUUCAGAUUUUUAAAAAGCCCGCUCACUCUGGGAGCGCCCCCGUCUCGUCAUUGCUUUUCUUUGUGCGCGAGGGGUCACUUCGUUCCAGUAAAAGUUAAUUAUAUUUACAUAGUUUAGCGUUAUUUCAGGAUACAAAAUGCCAAAGAGACAUAGAAAGUCAAGUGAUAAGGAUUCAACGGAAAGAUUGGAGAAAAAAAUCCGAAAAUAUCAAAAGAUAUUGAGCAAUCGUCAGGAAGUAGAAUUGGAGGUUAGAAUCUUCCGAAAAACAGAUUGACCCGCAAUUAGAUCUCGAACAUGAGGAGAUCUUAGAUCGGGAAAACGUCGAGAAUAUGCCACCCGACGAAAAUUGUGUAACCGAAGAAAUUUUGAAAUUGCUGGGAGACAAUCCAAAGAUCUCUAAGGCAGUUAAACCUAAAUUACACAAGGACAUAUCAGACCGACUAGAAGGAUGGAUAACCGACGGAUUACCAAAGGAGGAUCAAGAGAAACUCAUCAAAAAAUAUUCUCGCCCAGAUUUUCUUGAGGCUCCGAAAUUGAAUCCAGAGGUUGAACCAGCGAUGCAAGAAGCGGCAAUAAAAAGAGAUAAACACUUCCUAGAAAACCAAAAUAAUAUUGGCUCGGCGAUUGCGAGCGUAGGCUCUGCGUUAUCUCUAAUACUGUCAGCAGACGAGGAAGGCUUAGACGAACUCUUAAUUAUAGAAAGACUUUCUGAUACGAUUAGAUUCUUAGCUGAUCUUUUUAACAAACAGACAGUUUGUAGGAGAGCAUUUAUUUUACCGGGCUUAAAACCUAAGUUAAAAGCAGCUCUGGAAAAGACUAAGGCGGAAGAGUUUCUUUUCGGAAAAGAAUUGAGUGAAAAAAUCAAACAAGUAGGCGUUAUGGAAAAAAUGGCUAAGACACUUAAAGAACAACCACCUAAGAAGCAGAAUACUUUUUUUCCAAAAAACUGGAAAGGCCAUCCAGGGAGGACCUGGAACAGUACUCAGCCAUAUCAACAACAGAACCAAUCGAAACGUCGAUUUUUCAAGAAGAAGACUCAAUAUCAAAAUCGCUCUCAGAAUUCGAGCACCAAGUCAGCAACGGUGAACGACAAGAAAACAACUUAGUAAGUCAUAGCUGGUCGUUUAAGUAAAUAUUUCGAAAAUUGGAAAAAGCUAACAAACGAUAAAUUCGUGUUACAAUGUAUCAAAGGGUACAAAAUACGAUUUUGUAAACCAGUACGUAAGUCUUUUGAGUAUAAAGAACCAUCUAGAUCUAAUAAGGGAGAAAUACUAUUAGCUCAAGCAAUAGAUAAAUUAUUGAACAAAAAAGUUAUUGUACGAGGCAAAGAAGAAACAGGUCAAUAUUUAUCACCUUAUUUUUUAAUUUCCAAACCGAAUGGGGAAUACCGGUUUAUUCUGAAUUUAAAAGGAUUAAAUAAAUUUAUACAAACAGAACAUUUUAAAAUGCAGGACUUAAGAACAGCUUCGAGAUUAAUUCUACAGGAUAAUUUUAUGGCAUCAUUAGAUUUACAGGAUGCGUAUUACCUUAUAUCAAUAGAUAAAUCUUGUAGGAAAUACUUGCGUUUCAAAUUCCAAGAUAAUAUAUACGAAUUUACGGUAUUCCCUUUCGGAUUAUGUACUAGCCCUUAUGUAUUCACAAAAAUCAUGAAACCAUGAAACCUGUCAUGGGCUAUUUGAGAGCGCAAGGUUUAUUGUCAGUAGACUAUUUAGAUGAUAUGUUAUUAAUAGGAAAAGAUUAUAAAGAAUGUUACAUGAAUAUAAAAGUAACGAGGAUUUUACUAGAGUCAUUAGGCUUUAUUUUAAAUAAGGAAAAAUGUAGAUUAAUUCCGUCAAAACAAUGUAGGUUUUUAGGUUUUGAUAUUGAUUCACACAAGUAUAUAAUAUCGCUUUCCAAGGAAAA